UUGAGGUAAUGUAGAUCGUUGACGGACUAGUAGUGAAGACACCGGGAACUGGAUGAGCACUUUACCCACCAUCGCAUCCUUUCACGUCCUCGGCUGUGGAAGACGUCAUUUAAACGUUUGUGUAACGUUUAGCGAUAGGUGCCUCGUCCUCCCGUCGGACUUCUUUUCCCCUCCCCUUGCUCCUCCGCGUUCGGUUGUCAGGGGGGCUAACCUCGGCGGUUCCUUCUCGGUCCUCGCUCGAACAUGGUGGUGGCCUGUGGCCAAGAAGUCGACGAGGCAGCCCGGGGACGUCGAGCGGAGUCUUUUUAAAACGCACAUUUCGCAAGUUUAUUCUCAACCGUCGCGUUUGGAAUUCGCCGUGAGCCCUUUAGACGUUGACGGCGAACCCCCCCAUUAGCAUUUGUUGUAGGGGAAGGGGGGCACAACGCGGCAAUUUGGCGUCCCAAGUUGCCCUCAACUUUUUUUUUUUUUUCUGGAGGAGUUGGGGUAAAAGAUGGCGACAUAAUUGCAGGAGAAAUCAAGUGCAUCCAAAUGGAACCGUUUUACCCCCUGCGUCACUUUUAGCAGCCUUGCUUGGAUUACUUCAGUAUUAUUAUUAUUAUUAUUAUUAUGGAUAUUCGCAGCCAAGCGGCGCCAGAUCGGGAAUAACAACAACCACCACCAACAACACCGGUGCUUACGAAUAUGAUGACCGAGAAAAGCGAUUGUUUCCCCUCGUCGAGAUUUUGAGUAGUCGCGGUUCAUUACAUGGAGACUCGCCUGACAUGCCGAGGACGGAGUUGCCACUACCCGACGGUUGGGAAGAAGCCCGAGACUUUGAUGGCAAAGUCUACUAUAUCGACCACAUCAACCAGAACACCAGCUGGCUCGAUCCCAGAGACAGGCAGACGAAGCCUCUGACGUUUGCCGACUGUAUCGGAGAUGAGCUGCCAGUCGGUUGGGAAGAGGCAUUCGACCCUGUGGUCGGGGCGUACUAUGUCGACCACAACACCAAGAGCACCCAGCUGGAGGACCCGCGGGCCCAGUGGCAGCGGGAGCAGGAGGCCAUGCUGCGGGAAUACCUGGCCGUGGCCCGCGAUGCCCUCAGCGCCCAGAAGGAGAUCUACCAGGUGAAGGAGCAGAGGCUCCGUCUGGCGCAGCAGGAGUACCUGCAACUCAACAACACCUGGCGGGACAAGUCCACGUCGCAAACUAGCUUGAAUUCCAGAACGUCCACCUCCAGCAAGUACGAUCCAGAUAUCCUCAAAGCAGAAAUAGCCACAGCCAAAAGUCGGGUCAACAAGCUGAAGCGGGACCUGGCCUGUAUGAAACAGGAGCUGCAGUACAAAGAACAAGGCUUUGAGACCCUCAAAGAGAUUGACCUGAAAGUGUCCAGCAGUCCAUAUGGCUUCAAAUUGCAGGAGGCGCAGGCCAUCCUCAGCGAGGUGCGCUCCAUCCGAGACACCAUCAGUGCCGGCGAGAAGGAGAAACAAGAACUCAUGCAGAAACUGGCGGUUCUAAAGGAUGCUUUCCAGCUGGACUCGGGCUCGCAGCAGGAUCUGUGGGGCAGCAGUCGCUCGCUGGCCAACUCAGAGCUGUCCAUCCCCCGACUGUACUCUGACGCCGGAUCCCAGACCGACAUCCCCGCCGAGUACGUGAAUAACUCCAACAAACUGGCAGAGAAAGUCCGUCUGAGUCUGAAGUACGAGGAGGCCAAGCAAAGGAUCGCCACCAUUGAGGUGCAGAUCGCCAAGCUGGACAGCGAGGCGUGGCCGGGCCUGCUGGACCCGGAGCGCGACCGCCUCAUCCUCAUCAACGAAAAGGAGGAGCUGCUGAAGGAGCUGCAGUACGUGCGGCCGCGACAGCGCCUGGAGCCCAACGACGCCCAGAAGCUGGAGACGGAGAAGAAGCGUCUGGAGAGAGACCUGCAGGCCGCCAGGGACAACCAGAGCAAGGCUCUGACUGAAAGGCUGCGACUACACUGCAGGAGGAACAAGCUGGUCAGGGAGCUGGAGGAGUUGGUACGACUGGCCACGUCGUUACAUACUCAGCUCAAAAGCCUAUCCGCCAGCACGUUGUCGUGUUCGUCCGGCAGCAGUCGAGGUUCACUAACCUCGAGCCGCGGCUCGCUGGCCACCACCUCCAGCCUGGGCUCCACCUCCUCCCUCAGUUUCACCGACAUCUACCUGGAGCAGCCGGAGCUGGCCGACCCUGACUUUCAGAACAAGCUAGACAGCCUCCUGCAAGAGGGCGGCCAGGUGGGCUACCGGCCCUCCAACUCCAUCACCACCAUACAUGAACACGAAGUGGUGACGGGCGGUGACGAAAGGGAUGCCGAAAGGCCCGAAGGCCAAACACCAGGGCUGGGUGGAGACACUAACAAGGGUGUGGUAGGAGUUUCUGGAGGAGAGGUGGGACCAUCCAGGAUUCAAGCACUCAGACUCUCAGAGACCCCUCGCUCCAUGAGCUCUUUGUCACCGCGCUCGUCGCUUUCCUCGCUCUCGCCGCCGUGCUCACCGCUGGUCACGGACAUUACUUUCCUGUCCGGGGAGACCUUUGCCCGCCAAGCGGGGACUGCCGGGUUGAGCCUGGAUCUGGAGCUUCAGAGCAGACUAACGGAGCUGGACCUCAGGCUGGACUCCCAGGAGCAGCAGCAGCAGGAGGAGCGCGGCGCCCCCAGUGGGCUGGAGGAGAAGCAGAAAUGCAGUUGUGUGCUGGCUGAGGAGCUGAAAGCUCCAGAGUUGCAAGUGACGACAGCGGGGCCAAAGAAGAUGGGAGUGAUCUCGGCUGUGUCUGACGAGUCUGUCGCUGGUGACAGUGGCGUGUAUGAACCCUCUGAGCGCAGGCCGGGCCUCCCUGCUGACCUCCUCCUGGCCUCUGAUGAGGAGAGGCUGCCUCUGGGCUGCGCUCAGGUGCAGCUUGGCUUCCGCUACGAGCCGCGGGACCUGCGGUUCACUGUCUCCGUCAUGCGGCUGUCAAACUGCAGUGCCCUCUGUCUUCCGCCAGAUGAGAAAAUGCACGUUCGCGUGGCGGUGCUCCCCUGCGUGGAAACGACCCGCUGCCUGUUCCGAACAAGCGCCUACCUGCCACAGGACGUCGUGGACUUCAACGAGGUGUUCGGCGUGCAGUUGUCCCACAGUGCACUGCGGCAGAAGACAUUGAGGGUGGACGUGUGUGACACGAGCAAGUCGGGCCACGAACACUGUCUGGCGGGAGCCCAGAUCAGCCUGGCUGACGUUAACUGUUCGGAGGAGAGGAGAACUACAUGGUACAACCUGCUGAGUCAUGCUUUCCUCCCGGAUGUCAGUGGCAAGGACAAGGACAGGGGCGCAGCCGGUGCCUUGGGCACGAUCAGAUCUUCCAGCAGUGCUAGACUUCCGGGUGAUGAGGAAACAUGGCAUGGCGGCCUGCUGGAGGUGUUUGACGACGAGGAAGAACUCUGCGCUGUGGUUCCGGAGCCUUUAGAGGAAGGAGACCUAUUCUACGCUAAUUCCGGCCAAUGGGAGGCAGAGGAGGAGCAGCAGGAAGAGGAAGAGGAGGAGAAGGAGGAGGAAAGGGAGACCAAAGUGCUCCCUCUAGCUCCCAUUAAAGAAAAGGUGAACAAGGAGACGACCAUGGACGGCUUGUCUUCAUCCAGUCACCACUCGGUGGUCCGGCCCAAGGAACGGCGCGCCGACCUCUCCCAGCAGCAUGCCUUCAUGCGGGGAAACGCCAUCAUCCGCUCCAAGACCUUCUCCCCGGGACCACAGAGCCAGUACAUCUGCAGGAUCAACCGGAGUGACAGCGACAGCUCCACACUCUCCAAGAAGUCUCCGUUUGUGCGAAACGCCUCGGAGAGACGCAGCAUGCGCAUGAAGAAGCCUCCCGUGCAGGUCAAAGGUCUGGAUGGCCUGCUGCGCACCUCUCUGGACCUGGAGCUGGACCUGCAGGUGUCCCGCACCCGCCAGUCGCGUCUGGCUCAGGAGCUGCACGUGCUGCGCGAACUCCAGGCGCAGCUGGAGACAGCGCGGCAACAGGGCCGGCGCGAGCUGCCCGCCUGGGUCAGAGAAGACGAGCGCUUCCGUCUCCUCCUCAAGCACGCCGAGAAACAGACUCACGAGGAGCAGCUGCAGGAGAAGCGGGUGGAGAAGAUGAUGAGGGCGGCGGCGAAAGACGUCCACAAGAUCAGAGGACGCAGCCGCAAGGAGGUGCCCGAGGUGCAGACCUUCAGAGAGAAGAUGGCGUUCUUCACACGAACCAAGACCACCAUUCCGGACCUGCCGGCCGACGACGUGUAGCCAAGCAUUUCAAAUCAUCUCGACCCCUCCUCUGCGCCGCCUCGCACAAGUCAAGUCAAAACGGUUAUAUGAAGAAUUUUACAGUAUCGUAGACGCAAAACAAACAUUACCGUCACCACUCAGCAUUGUUAGCUUUUGUAAAUAUAGUGACAACACUGCUUGAGUUUUUCUUUUUUUUUUUUUUCCUGUUACUAACACGUCUUUAAAAUCAUUCCAGCACAAAUGACAGCACAAAUAUAAAAUCUAACAACAACGGUACUGAAACAACAAAAAAUUAUUAGAAUCAUAAGAACAAUAUGAAGAAAGUAUGUUUUUUUAAAGAUGUAUUUUGUUUUAAAGCUCUUUAAAUCCACUUUACCUGGAAAGCGACCCUUAUGUUAAGAAAACCACAAGUCCCAGCAUGCAUUGCAGCGAUUCAUCAGAGACCCUUUCUUGACAGUCGAUUAUUUAUCUCACAAUAUUGACAACCUUCAUCUACAUCAGCAAUGCACAACAUGUUAAUUCUUAAGAGUCUUUGAAAAAAACAAGUUCUUUGUAUCCUAGCGACAGCACUGAUGGUUGUAAUCAUGUUUUUGUUUUUUUUACAUUCUUUUCAUUUUUAGUCGAAAACAAACAUGCUCUCUCACUCAGGUAGGAAAUUAGUUAGUUUGCACUUUAACAAAUUGUUGUAAAAGUUGUAACGAGGAAAAAAACAAUAAUUGUCACGCUGGAAUGAUAAUUGAAACAGAAUUUUUUUUUUUACGACUGUGAACAUCUCGAUUGUAUUUUUAAACCAGCAAGCACCAGCCAAUGGGAGCACACCAGCAUCUUGCUCUUCAUUCUGAUUGGCUGUUUGAUUGAACUCGUGUUGUAACUGGAUGAAUUUAUUCUUUUUAGCGUGCAUAACUGGACUCUCUUCAUGCUUAAAAAAACAAAACCAAUAAUAAUCUCGUCUUCAUUAAUUUUUAGGGUUGCAAAGGGCUAGGAAAUUUGUGGAAAGUUAGCGGUAAAUUUUGAUUGGAAGAUAAGAUUGGGAGUUGUGGAAAUAUUCCAACUUUGCGGUAAUCGGCUGCGAUUUAACUGUGAAUUGAGAAUCCAAAAAGUAUCAUAUUCAAGUAUAUGAAUGUAAACAUUUUGUUUUGUCAUAAGCUGACUUAAUUGCUCCACUUUUGCUUUCACUUCACUCCACGUUUGAUUGCAACUUAAAGCAAAAAUAAAUGAAUAAAAAUAUCGACUUGAAAUUUCCUGGAAUUUUGCAACCCUAAUUAUUAUUCAUAAUUAAUACAAUGUAAAAGCCAAGUGUCUCUAAGACAGUCUCCCGCUGCUGGACAUUAGAUGGUGGAACCUCCAAUACUGUGAUUCCCCUCCCGACCCAUGAAAACGUAAUGUAGCAAACACUUAACUAGCAUUUAAUUGGGAAAAUAAGGUUGUCAUUAAACUAUAAUAAAGUAAAACCACUUGCUCUUUGACAGGGCGGGAACAGGAAGGUGUUGGUGAAGCAAUGCUAUCACUUUGUGGUGCUUUAGAAGUAUUGCUGGAAUGUUUCUUUCAUUUAGCGUCCAUUAGCAUCCGUUUGGGAAAAUACUUUAUUUUCAAUUAACUAUUGCUCACAUUGUACUGAGCAGCAAGACCCUUUCCUGUCUCACUAAAAUUCCAUUUCGCAUUUUGGGGUGUUCUGCUGUAUUUCACUGAGGGUUACAAACAUGGCUGCACUCCAACUGUUUUUGGUUUUUUUUAAUAAAAAAAAAAACAAAACAAAAAGAUUGCAUCUUCUUAGCAUUGGUUCCAGUUGCGUUCGACGUCAUUCCAGAUGUGUCCAUUUGUUUUUUGUUUUUUUUUCAUAAACUUGUGUGUAUUUGAGAGAGAGGAAGUUCACUUUUUUUUUUUUUUUUUUUUUUUUUUUUUUUUUUUUUUUUUUUUAAAUGACCUUGAUCUUUAAGAACCGGAACCAUUCUAAUUUGGAUCAACACUAACCUUGUGAACCCCCACAAGGGUUCCCCUACUUCCCUGAAAAUGCAUUCAUCCAUUUUGUCCCGCAUCAAGUCGCUCCCUUGAUAUCCUGAAUUUUGUAUACACUAUACGUAUGUCCACGAUAAAAAGGCUACACAUGCCUGUACUAAUGCCAGGUUUUUUUGUGGUAUUCAAAAAUGGGACCAUGAUAAAACGUUUUAAAACACAACACUGCUCAUGACUGAAAGAACACCUACAGUGCAGCGUGGUGGCGGCAUCAUGCUUUGGGGCCGUAUUUCUUCUGUUGGAACAAAGGCUUGAAACAAGGUGGAGGGAAUUAUGAACAGUUCCAAAUACCAGUCAGUGUUAGCACAAAACCUUCAAGCUUCUGCGAGAAAGUUUAAAAAAAAAAAAAAAUCUAGGGAAUGCCUACGAGACCGGCUGUAAUUUAUUUGGGGUUAAUCAGAGGCACUUUGAAUAGUGGCAGUUUUGUGCUGGCUCCCAUGAGUUUGAACGUGAUUGGGUCCUUCCGUGCACAAGCUCUCACCCAGUUACAAGAGGGUGUGCACACUUGUGCAAUCACAUCAUCUCAGUUUUAUUAUUUUUACUUCCCUUCAAAGAUUCUUUCAAUUGAGAUGAACAGGAUAAUAGGUCACGUUACUAGUGGAAAAAGAUUUGAAAUGAUUCAUCUUGGUCUUAUUUAAAAACAUUUUUUUUAACAGAAACCUGGCAUUUGGACAGGGAUGUGAAGACUUCUGUCAAACUCACGAGUGAUGAGAGAGAAUUUUUGAGUGUUUUGAAAAAUCCAAAAGCUGGAAGGUUUAUUUUAUUUUAUUUUUUUUCCUCAAUAUGAACACUUUGAUCGUUUGUCAAGAGAAUCUCAUCGUCAUCGACUCAAUGUAUAUGUGUUAUACAUGCGGAUGAAGGAAUGUAGUUUUUACCACACACGAAUGUUAAGAGAAAAACAUGCUGUUAAUAUUUUUGUUUUGUUACGUAGUAAAGAGUUUUCCGCCUCACUGAAUCUGUUUGCGUUAAGAUGAUGAGGGUGAGUAUGUGUGUGAGUGUGUUUGUGCGUGUGAGGAGGAAACAACCAGCAUGUAUUUAUUGCACUUUUGUGAUUUGGGUGUGCUUUCCCUGUUUCCCUCCCCCCCCCCCCCCCCCUUUUUUUUUUCAUCACGAGUCCCGAAAAGCUGUGAAUUAAAUUCUAAGACACUGUACCAGAGUUGUAAAUAUUUCACCAGCACAAAAAAAAAAAAAAAAAAACAAUAACAAAAAUACACACUAUGUUUUGUAGUUUCACAACAAAUAAAAUGUUAUCUUUUUG